CGGCUUGCAACUAAUGCAGAACCGGUUUUACGUAAUAACACUUUAGUUAACUUUAAUGCUCAAUUUUAUUUCGCAGAAGAGUCCCGGAUUUUUUCUGCCAAAUUCUUUCAUUUUAUGCAAAAACACGUUGAAUGAGCCUAAUUUCAUCGAAAUCGGAGAUAUGUUUGGAAAAGAAGUUGUUAAGCUCAUAACGGAGCUCGAUAUGCAUGAAGAUAUUCGACCAUUUAAUGAACAGGUGAUGCGACAAGUUUUUGAAGAGAUGCAAACACUUUAUAAAGCCAAUUUAAUGGACAGUAACGCAAUACAGAAUGAAAGAAACAAUGCAUUGUUACCAUCGGUACAUUUUCGCCAUACGGCUCUGCUCAGGAAUAAAAGAUGCAUACUGGCGUACCUAUAUCAUCGGAUCAGACGAUUACGGCAGAUGCGCUGGGAAUUGGGCAGCAUCCUACCAACCGAGAUAACCGCUAAUUUAUUGAAUGCAGAGAUGCAAUGGUUUCAGAAUUAUAAUAAAUCUCUGGCCACCUACAUGAGAUCAAUAGGUGAUGAUCAUGGAUUAAAUCUGACUGUGAAUAUGAGUCCUCCAAAGACGCUAUAUGUUGAGGUGAAGUGUUUAAGUGAUUUCGGCAAACUAGAACUUGACGAUGGUGAGAUCAUUACAUUAAAAAAAAAUACAUAUCAUCUGUUACCAAGAGCUAUAUGCGAACCACUUAUCAGACAAGGCAUACUCGAACACCAUAAUGCAUAAUUGUAUAAUUAAAAAAAGUUUCUCCCUA